AUGGAGCUGUGCCUCUGUGGGUUGAGUGACUGUGACCGCAAGGUGGCUCAUGGAGAACUGACGGGUGUGCAACUGCUACUGGAAGAUGUUCUGAGUAGCUAUCAUGUGACCAUGGAGGCCCCCCCAAGACAGCAAGCCACACUGGGCAAAAAUGCACAGCCAGAUUUUUCCAAAGUGCCAGGAUUCAGAAGUCAGUUCCGAAACAGCCCAAAGGUCUCCAAGUUGCUGGAGGGCCCGUGCGAUGCGGUGAUGUCCCUUGCUUUGCUGAGAUCAUUUCUGAUACUGUGGAAGCAGCUGGAAGUGCUAAAGGAGCACUGGGGCCGACUCAAGCUGCAAGGCCAGGAUAUCAACUCUCUCUCUCUCCACAAACAGUUUUCAGAGCUCUACGAAACUGACAUUCUCUACCCCAGCAUGAAAGCUAUAGCUAGGCAGAUGGGGAAAGAAGAUGAAUUUGAAGGAUUUAUAGUAAAUAAUCAGUCUGUUCUUCCCCCCAGUGGAGCCUCAGAAAUUGAAAUAAAAACUCACCAGCUUCAAAAACUUCUGGAAAAUUUUGAAAUUCAUAUGAUCCGAGAGGUACUAAGAAAAGUUAACAGAGAGAUGACACUGCUUUUACCAGAAAAGUCCAAGAAGGAGUGUUCUCUCCCUACAGAUCUCUGGAAACACCAAGUCAUGAAAGAAAACUUUUCAGUCUCAAGACCACAAAUAGUUGAAAAAUUUAAACAGAGAUUAAUGCAGAAUUAUCAGGAUGAUGGAGUAGAGAUCACUUUCAGAAAAGAUCACCUUGAGGCCUGCCUCCUUUCCCUGGGUUGUGAUGUGAUGGCAAGAGAACGCAGCAACUUUGAGACCUACUCCACGUGCUAUGAGCAUGUGUUGCAUCACGCUAGGCAGAGGCUCAGCCAGAAAGAGCAAGAAUUAGAUGCUGCACGAAGAGGCCAGGGUUCACCUGAAGACAGUGCUGGCCAGGUUGCAGAGCUCAGUCAUGAUAGGAUCAUGGAAAUCACCACUCUGAGAGCCCAACUCACAGACUUGGAAGAGGUGAAUCUGAAUCUCGAGAAGCAGAUUAGAAAAGAAGUCCAAGAAGAAUAUGAGGCAUUAGUCCGAGCUUUGUUUCAGACCUGUUUACACAUAAAAGAGAAGCUGGAUGAGAAUCAGCUUAAUUUGAUCCAGAAAGUGUGUGAGCUCAUCGGUGAAGUGAGAACAGAAGGGAUUGACAAUAUGAAGGACCUAAAGAAAAAAUGGGGCUCUGCCAGCCCUGAUGAAGGAAUGAAAGAAAACCCAGCCAAAGAACAGCUGUGGGCCUUGGAGCAGGACAACUGCAGCCUGGCCGCCCUGGUGUGCAAAGUGAGGAGCCUGGGCCGCUGGAGGCUGGCUAUGCAGCAGGCGCGCUUCCAGGCCCAGCUGAGCAGGGCAGAGAAGAAAUCUAUUCAAAGUGAAAAAGAGUGUUUGCGCAUCAAGCUGAUGGCAGAGCGAGAAGUGGGUUUAUUUCGUCAGCAGAUCCUGGCUCUCAGGCAGGCCCUGGCCAGGGCACAGGCCGACAGCGCGAGGAUGUGGAAGCAGCAGGACAGCCAGGCUCAACUGCUGAAGGAGUUAGAACAUAGAGUGACCCAGGAAGCUCUCACCCAGAAGCAGCUGCACUUCAUGAAAACAUCCAGGAUGGAGAAGCUCUUGGAAGAUGUGGGGCAGAAAGAACAGCAAUUGCAGCUCCUUAGUAAAGAGCCUGAGAGGGCUUCUAAGCUGGGCCAGCUGCAGCAGAAAAAAAUGAAGAGAGACCUCCACCAGAUGAGAAGCCGGCUUGCCCAGGAGCGCAGUGUGAAGCUGGAUGCUCUCCAGCGUGUGGAGCUGCAGAGUCAGCUUCGUGAUGCCCAGCAGUCAGCUGUCCCCACGGGCUCAUCAGGCGACCUUAUAUCCCAGGCUCAAUACUCCCCAACUUCUGCUUCCAUAUCAUCCAGAUACUCCCAGCAACGCUUUUUAAAGACUAAUCUCAAAGGCAGUAAAAUAACAACAUGGAUUUAAAGGCCACAGACUGUACCUAUCAAACACAAAAAAAGGAUUGAUGCUGUUUUCCUACCCAAUAUGGCAGAAAAUGUUCCACUGACAGCUUUUCAGGUUCAAAUAGCUCCAUCCAGAUUCCCAUUUAGAGCUGACUGGUGAUCGUAUCUUCUUUUUCCAACCUUUAUUUCUAUGGGUAUUUGAAUGAAUAAAAAUGACUCCAAAUGCCAUUAAACCUCUUAUUUAAUUUUAUGUAUGAAAUUUUCUUAUCUGUACUUGGAAGAUAGGGUUUGAAGGAAUGAGAUGAUUAUAUCUUGAACCAACCCCAGGUGAAGUAGGGGUUGGUCCUAGAUGUUAAAACCUAAGCAUUGAUUUGCAUUCCUGCAAGUUAGCCUUUGCCUCUGGUCAACCAGCAGCCUCUCAAUAUGAAUUCUAGAGUUAGUAGGUAGGAAGGACAGUUAAGAUAGAGGCCCUCACUUCUAAGCAGUGUUUACUAACAAGUGAAAAACCAAAGUAUGUUAAUAGAGAUUAACACAAAUGAACGUCAAAGCAUUUGUUUCACUUAGAAAACAAAUUUGCCGUCCUCUAUUAACAAUCUUUUCAUUCUUCCUACAAAUGCCAAAGACUUCCUCAGACUUUAGUAAAGUCCUAAUCCAAGUCCUUUUUGUUCAGACAAGAAAGUCUAUCUUGUGUAAAGCAAUUAAUAGAUGAACAGAGCAGAGAAACAUUUACAUGCAUAAACUUAUAUAUGAUACAUGUGGCUUUUCAAAUUAAAGAGAAUAUGGAGGCUAUUUGGAAUAAAAUCAUCACCUUACCCCAUACACUAUAAAUUCCAAAUGGAUUAAAGAUCUAAAUGCACGUACGUACACAUGCACACAUACACAGACACACGUGACACAUGGACAAACUGAUUUUUUAAACAAUAUUAAAGCCAAGAGGAAAAUCGGUAACUUUGAUAUCAGAACUAAAACUUCAGUAUGAUAAAAUACUGUAUCAGUUAUCAACUGAUAUCUCAGCUCCAAAUUCAUUCUUUUUUGUCUGUUCUGCAAUGACAAAUAUGGACCCUAUAAACAUUUCCUCUUUGCCAACUGGCAAGAUGUUAAGCUUUGUCAGUAGAGGGUGCUGGAGGGACCCUGUAGGAGGCGGCAGGGUUUUUCUCCAGGUUACCGUGUGCUCCUCUAGGCAGGCUCUUGCAGUGUGCUUGGCUUCUGCAGCACCAGGUUCUUGUAGCAUAUACAGCUUCUGCAGUGUCUGGCUCCAGCGAUGCAUGUAGCUCCAUGGUAGAGUGCCACCUGCAUGGCACCUCCUGUGAUGGGUGCCCUCCAGCAUCCCUUUGAAUAGCUUUGCAGUCUCAGUGAAUUUCUCAGCCAUCCAAUAAGCUUUGGCCAGAUCCCCUCCAAUGAGGUCUGGAUCUCAGCCCUGAAGGGUAGUGGCUGGUCCCUACAUCUGCUAUCCUUGUAUUCUUUCGAGUUCUCUUUAUUGCUUACAAGCAGUAUGCCAAUCCUUUGAUAUAGUUAAUAAUUCUUUAUAUCAGACUUUCCCUGUUUGAAUUACUGUGUGCUUUCUGUCUCCUGAUUGGCCCAUCACUGAUAUAGAACUGGUACCAGAAGCAGGUGUUCCCAGAGGAUAGACCUGCUAUGGUUUGAAUGUUUGUCCUCUCCAAAACUCAUGUUAAAAUUUAAUCCCCAAUGUGGCAGUACUGAAAGGUGAGACCUUUAAGAGGUGAUUGGGUUAUGAGGACUCUGCCCUUAUGAGUGGAUUAAUCCAUUCAAUCCACAAAUCAAUGGACUUGUGGGUUGUUAAAUUAACGGACUAUCAUGGGAGUGGGACUGGUCGCUUUAAAAGAAAGGAAAACUUGGGUUAGCAUGUUCAGCUCCUUCACCAUGUGAUGCCCUGUGCUGCCUCAGGUCUCUGUGGAGGGUCCCCACCAGCAAGAAGGCUCUUACCAGAUGUGCCUCCUCAACCUUGGACUUCCCAGCCUCCAUAACUUUAAGAAAUA